AUGAUGAUGAGCAUUGGCAACAUGGGCUCUUCUGGCCCAUCCUACUACUCCCAGGGCCUCCGCGCUCGCUUCAACAUUGACGCCUACAGAGUUCAGCAAGCUAAGGCCGAGGUCAACAAGCCAUAUUCCGACAUCUCUUAUACUGUAAAUGAGAAAAAGUACCGAGACCGGGCAGCUGCCCGUGUCAGGGCCGGAGGUCUUCCAACUUCUGUACCUGCUGGCUGGCCUACAAAGCUCCAAGGUCCGCUGGUGUGGACUGUUGAUGACUUUGAGAAAGAAGAUGAGUAUGUCUACCAUCUCACACCAGCGGACAAGAUGGAGGUGCUUGAGGCAUUGUCAAUUUUCAAGUCAUAUGGACUCGAUAGCCACAAAGUCACCAAAGAUCUUUUCCCCCUUCCCAACCUUGGUCCUAUCCUCUCGGGUAUUCGCGACGAUAUCUACUUCGGAAAAGGCUUCUCCAUCAUCCGUGGCCUCAACCCAGACGACUAUGCCAUCACAGACCUCACCGCCAUUUACCUUGGCAUCACCUCCUACAUCGGUCAGCAACGCGGUAAGCAGGACCAACGGGGAUCCAUGCUUAUUCACGUCAUUAAGCGCGGCGACGAGACUACCGGCUUCGACGACCAAUACGGUGAAGACAAGCCCUUUCACACAGACUGCGUUACCGACACCCUCUGCCUCUUCACCCAAGGCUUGGCCGCCUCAGGUGGGCAAAGCUGCAUCGCCUCCGCUUACACCAUCUACAACGAGAUUGCACGCACAAGACCGGACCUCAUUCACACCCUGGCCGCUCCCGAUUGGCCAUUUGACACUCUCGGACGCGAUCCCGCUUAUUACAAGCGCGCACUGAUGUACUGGCAUGAUGGACGGCUCAUCACCUCCUUCUCCCGCCGUCUCCUUGUCGGAUCGGAGCCUUUCAGCCCUCGCACACCGGGCAUUCCCGGUCUCACGGAGGCUCAAGCUGAAGCUCUUGAUGCUAUGCAUUUCAUCGCCAAGCAACACGAGAUCAAACCACGCAUGGUCCGCGGGGAUCUGAGGUUCAUCAAUAACAUGGCUCUGCUGCACAGAAGAGAAGCCUUUGAGAAUGAUAAGACCUCCGGGGAGGCCAGACAUUUGGUCAGGAUGUGGCUGCACAAUGAUGAAGGUGCGUGUUGGAGCUUGCCGGCUCCGUUGAGACUCGCUUGGGCCAGAGUAUUUGAAGAUGAAGGAAAUAAGGAGCGCGGGGAGUAUUGGGAUUUAAAGCCGAUGAGGGAUCCCUUGACAGGACAUAUCUUGAGGGUUGGUGGCAGUUGUGACUAG